AUGGGGAAGUAUACUCAUGUGGAACGUGCAUUGAUCGAAGAAGUCAGAAAAUACACUUCAAUUUGGCAGACAAGUGAUCCAGAUUAUAAAAAUAAAAUAAUAAAGGAAAAUGCGUGGAAAGCAGCCGCUGAAGCCGUGAAUCUUGUGUCAGACAAAACCUAUUCAGGUACAAUAGUCAGUACAUAAUAUCAAUUUUACAUGCUGAAUCGUAUUUAUUAUUUAUGUAAGAACAUGGGCCAUGACCAUCGUCAAUAGUUGGUCAAGGGGAAGGCAAGUUCUGUAAAUAAUGGUUGACAAAUAAUAAAUAAUCAAGUGUUACUGCCAAAUUACCAUCCAGGAUUGGGCUAUUCCAUUUAAUAUCUGUACCCCCCCCCCCCAUGUCGAGGAUACAUGUUUUUCAUAGUUAUACCCAUGAAGAAUUCCAAUCUCAAAACCUUUUACCCCUGAAGAAUUCCAAGCUCAAAACCCUUUACCCCUGAAGAAUUCCAAGCUCCGUAAAAUUUCAAUCUCAAACCUCUUUACCCUGAAGAAUUCCAAACUCAAAACCCUUAGUGUACCUUUGAAGAAUUCCAGGGAUCCUCGACACAGUGGGGGCACGGAUAUUAAAUGGGAUAGCCCCUUACUGGGAACACUUCAGACAGGGACGCCGGAACGAGAAAAGGCAAUGGGCAAACGUACACCAAAGGGCACCUCUAGACCUCGGUGAAGAUAUAAACCUACGAUACAAUUAUGUGUUGACUUACCAAUGAAAGCAAACACACUUAAUCAGGCCACUUUCAAGAUCACACCUCAUGAUUUUGCCCAAAAAGCAUCACUGUAAAUGUAAUUUAUCAGGUAGUAUUUUAUAACUCAAAGGGCACUCCUGCCCCCCCCCUUGCCCCUCCUAGCAAAAGGCAAGAGGGGCAGCUGCCCCACAUGCCCCCCAGUUCCGGCAUCCCUGACUUCAGAUUACUUGACCACAAAGUAAAUUAGUGUCAUAGAUUUCUACUGGAUACACACAUUAGUAUCAGGGCUAGGGUCAGGAUCAGGGUUACUAUGGUUGACAUCAUCAUUAGGGUUAACCUUAAAUUCAGGCCCUAAUUUAGAAUAGGGCCUGACACAAAACCUAUCUAAACCGUGUGAUUCCCGUCCAUCCUGUGGACGGGAAAUCAGAUUGGUUGAUCAGCAUCAUGAAAGAUUUUGAUUGGUUGCAUGACAUAAAAAAUAGUUUUUAAAAUAAUCCGGUCAAGGCAACAAUUAUAAAGGUCAAACGCAUGUAUCAAAUUCCAUUAUCGAAUUUCUUUUCUUAAUAUGCUUCAUGGCAGAAAAUAAAUCAAACAAGCCAUAUUUUGAGAGGGCUUUAUCAAAAUCUUUGACAAAUUUUGGACACACCACGCUGAAAGAACAGCAAAACUAGUCGUUUAUUCGAAAGCUUGUUGUUGACAGUCAAGAUGUCUUUGACUUUGCUGUUCUGCCAACUGGCUUCGGCAAAAGUCUUAUUUUUAAUAUCAAGUCCUACCGGCAUUGUUUUCUAAACUACAUCGCCUUCUUUGUGGUACGAUGUGGUAAUUUCAUUAUUGCUGUUGUUAGCCUGUUAGAGUAUAUUCGCGUCCAGCAAGUUCUCAACUUUGAGAAAGCUUGGCAUUCAAGCCGUGCACAGAACUGACUAAUUAAAUCUUUGUUUGCUGUUCGGUUAAAUAGAGAAACUGAACUCUUAAUUAUAUAAUAGUACCUUGAAUUUUUAAGUUUAAUUAAAAAGCAAAAUGCACACUCUGCGGAGUGCGGACAUGUUCAUGAGAAUACAAUUUUUUUGUGCAAUGAAAUCUACAACACUUGUCAAUCAUAUUGCAUGGUGUGUCUAAAAAUAACAUGUGGGCAUCCCACGGUCUAGACAGGUUUUGUGUCAGGCCCUAUUCUAAAUUAGGGCCUGAAUUUCAGUUUACAUUAGGGUUAGCAUUCCAGUGUUGGUCAUGAGUUGAGUGGCCAGAUAUUCUAGAGUUACUCUUUUGUUUUUUUUUAGUCAAUGACUUUAAAGAAAAAAAUUGGAAAAAUAUAAGAGACACAUAUGUUCGAGCUCUUAAUGGAAACUGGAAAAUGUCUGGUUCAGGAACAGUUGAAUUGCCAAAGUUUCCCUAUUUCGAAGUCAUGUCUUUCAUAAAACCAUUUGUAAAUAUAAGAUCAGGCAACGCCAGCUCCAAUUGUAGUUCUUUGGAUUCAAGCACUUCAAAUUCAAAUGAUAGAAAUACAAGUAUUGAUGAUUAUGAUGAUGAUAAAGACCCUGAAAGUGCCUUAACACAACCACAAGACCUGCAAAAUGACACAUUUAAUGAUGGUUUUGCUUCAGACCAGUCAUCCACAUCCAACAUUUCUACACCAGAUGUUGGAAGACAAGCAGGAAGGAAAAGGCCACACAACAGAAUGUCCAAUCAAGCUAUUAACAGAGCUUUAGAUGUAAAAGUAUUGCAUUAUAUGACAAAUACCAGUCAAAAUCAGCUUCAAAAAGCCAACAUACCCAGUCAUGAUGCAGACCAUAAUUUUGGUUUGUCUGUGGCUGCUCAAAUUCGACAAAUGGACCGGAGACAGAAUGCCCUAGCUAAGGCCAAAAUUCAGCAGAUAUUACUUGAAAUCCAGUAUCCUGAAUGCAGUGAACCUUCUGUGACUACCAUGAGUAUUGAUAAAUCCCAUUUUGCUUGUAAUUCAAGUAAUGUGAAUAUGCCCAUGGCCAAACAAACCAGAUUCUAUGUGCCUAACAGGAGCGAUUCUAUGGACAUGUCUACACCAUAUACUACUCAGGCUAAUGAGUCAUCGUUCUUCUCUGGAUAA